UCCCACAUUCUCUUUGCUCCUGGAAGGCACUGGGAUCCCGAAGAGCUGACGGCGGCUUUCUGUGCUCCGGGAUAGGGUCAUGGGGCAGGCUUGCAGAGUUGGAAGUGGAGCGGGCGCCGCCAGCAGCCAGACGAUGGACGACCGUACCCGGAGAGCCGAGGAAACCCCGACAGCAGCACCCCAGCCUCCUCUCGCCUCCUCCGGAAGAAAAACGAAAGGCAAGGCACCGCUUCCUCCAAGUGAAACUAAAGGCAUUGAUGUUUCUUCAUAUGAGUCAGUAGAAUCCUCUAAUUUCAUCAUGGAGCAGAAAGAAAAUUUGAUAGAAAAAGACAUUGAGCUCUCUGUGGUUCUUCCAGGAGAUGUGAUUAAGUCUACUACUGUUCAUGGAAGUAAACCCAUGAUGGACUUGUUAAUAUACCUUUGUGCACAAUAUCAUUUGAACCCAUCAAGCUAUACAAUUGAUCUGCUCUCAGCUGAAAAAACGCCAAUUAAAUUUAAACCCAACACACCAAUUGGCAUACUGGAAGUAGAGAAGGUAAUCCUAAAACAGAAACAUCUGGAUAAGAAGAAGCCUACACCAGUGAUACCAGAGCAAACUGUACGAGUAGUGAUAAAUUACAAGAGAACACAGAAGACAGUUGUGAGAGUUAGUCCACAUGCCCCACUUCGAGAACUCACCCCUAUUAUCUGCAGUAAAUGUGAGUUUGACCCUUCACACACCAUAUUGCUGAAGGACUACCAAUCUCAGGAGCCUCUUGACCUGGCUAAGUCUUUUAAUGAUCUUGGGCUACGAGAACUCUAUGCUAUGGAUGCCAGCAAAGCUGCUUCUGUUACUGACUUCGGUUUAUCAUCUUCACAAGAUUCCUGCCAAAUAUCUCCAAACCUAGAUAUUAUGAAGGAAAAAGAAAAUAAGAAGUUUUUCAGCUUUUUUCAACGCAGCAAGAAAAGAAGAGAGCAAACUUCAAGUGCUCCUGCAACUCCUUUGAUGAGUAAACCUCGGCCAACUUUUACCAGAUCAAAUACCAUUUCUAAACCGUAUAUCUCAAAUACACUGCCAUCUGAUGUGCCAAAAAAGAGGAGAGCUCCCUUGCCUCCGAUGCCAACCUCUCAGAGUGCCCCACAGGAUCUUGGCCAUACUCAGACAAGACCAGCUUCCUGUAUAGUGAAAUCCAUCAGUGUGGAUGAAACAAAUAAGGACCCUUCUGGAGAAGCCAUAGUGAGGUCAGGAUCACUGCCACUCAGCCACACAUCCUCAACUAAUUCAUCUUUGAGAAGGACAAAGCGCAAGGCACCGUCCCCACCAUCUAAAGUAUCUCCAGAUCAAACUUCUGAGACCAGUAAUGUGACAGCUCUGAAAUCAACAGAUGCAACUCCAAAAGAAAGCAUUCCAGAAGCAACUCUUCCUGAAGGGUCACCAGAUUCUGAUGCUUCCCUUUGCUUUGAGCUACCUGGUCAUGAACCAAGUACUGUCCUGAUGCUUGCCGAUGAAGCUCCUUAUUCUGAUUGUGCUGAAACACCAGAGUUAACCGUAACAUCACUGAAACCUGGAAUUAGCUCUGAGCACAGCCUUGAAGAAAUAGAUGAAAAAGAAGAGUUGAAUGUUCUCCAUAAGGAAGAAAGUGAAAAUGUUUCUUCAAAGUCACAAGAAAAUUCUUUUAUAUCUAUGAAUGUAACAAAGAAUGAAAAAGAAGAUACUACAUCAGAGCUUGGCAUUGUUACGAGAGAGUGUUCAGAAAGCUCUAAGGAAGAAAAACAAGAAAAUAGAAACACAGAUGGAAAAGAACUACAGAAUGGUACAAGUAGUAAAGAGGCAGUAAUUGAAAAUGGAAGAAACUAUGAAAUAGCAGACCAAAAUAAAAAUAAAGAUCAAAAUGAUAUGAGACUCCUUCCAAUGAACUCAGACAAGGAAGUAAAAAAUGGAGUGAGGACAGUAGAAAUCAGUAUAACUGAUGUCACUGAAAAUAACAAGCUUGAAACUGACAGACCAUCAGACUCUCAGGCAUAUAAAAAUGACAUUGCUCCAGAUAAAAAAGAACUUCCUCAAACAUUUUUACCAAUUCAAGAUCAAAAGAUGAAUCAGUCCAACUUGGAAAAGGUAAAAACUCAGGAUGCAGCAAUUCAGACAACUCAAUCCAAUAAUAAUUUGGACAAUAAUAUGUUAAAUGAAGCAGUUGCACACCCAGAUCCUAAUUUGUCAACCAUCAGAGGUGAUGAAAACAUACAGUUUUCGAAUAAUAAUCAAUCAUCUCAAAAGUCAUCUUUCAAACCCCCACCUUCUGUAGAUCUCUCAAGAGAACUCAAGAGUCAGAGACCACUAAAUGGGCAAGAAGACAUACUCAACCACAAAGCUCUAAGUCCUGUACUUGGCAAUGAUGGUCUGUUUGUUACAGUAGAUGGAACUGAUAAAACUCUAACUGAUUCAUGCAUAAAGAGUUAUCCCCUUUAUAAACCUGAUUACAAAACCAAACCAAAGCCUUCUAAUGAAAUUACAAGAGAUUACAUACCCAAAAUUGGAAUGACUACUUAUAAAAUAGUGCCUCCCAAGUCCAUGGAUAUAGUGAAGGAUUGGGAGUCAGAAACUACACAGUACAAUAAAGAUGAUCAGGAGAUGCACACUCCAGAAAAUCGCCAGCCAGGUGAACAGUUGAAGGAAUCUGCCAUCCAAACAGAUGCUCUUAUUUCUGAAAGCUCAAGAGAGACGCAGACCGACAUGAAUUAUGAACCCAAAUUGGGAAUGGAGCAUCAUAUCCGAAAUGAAAUAAGCAUCACUGAUGGGACUGUAUCUUCUACAAAACCUGCCUCCAAAUCGAACAAAGACAAUGGCACAACUCCGUUGAUGAUGCAUUUGGAACACCUAAAUAGUAUUAUAGAGCCAAAAGGAAGACCCAAAGUAUUAAGUUCCCAGACAAAACCUAGCUCUUUUUUCCUACAGAUGCAAAAAAGGGCCUCAGGUCAUUAUGUCACGUCCGCAGCUGCCAAAAGUAUCAAUGCUGCUACAAGUUCUGCUCAAAAUGAACUGAAGCAUAAAGAGGUUGAAAAGAAGUUAUCACCUCCCCAAGAGGAAACUCUUUCUCCUUUAAAUAAGACAAUUAAUUUCCCUUCUGAAUUACACGAUAAACAAACUAAUCAUGACAUCAGCCAGAGACACACAGAAAUCCCGCUUUCUCCUACCAGACCCCCCAAACCAGUGAGCCUUCCCUCUACUGAGCAAGCAGCAUUAACCCUAAAAACUUUGAGGACUUUUGGUGCGCCACGACCAUACACAAGUUCUUCUCCCUCACCUUUUGCACUUGCUGUAGUCAAAAGAUCACAGUCUUUCAGUAAAACACGGACUGCCCCGAGCCAGUCCUCCAGAGAGGAAGAUCCGUCUCCUGGACCACUUUCCUCAGCGUCCAAAGAAGAGGAGGAAAAAAAUAGUUCAUUAGAUAAGUUACUGGGAGUUCUGCAGUCUAGCAAGGAAGCUAGCUGUGCACACAACGAACAGAAAUGCCAGAUACAGUCAUCAACUGACCGCCCAUCAUUCACCCUUAAGAGACAAACUUCUUUAACAUUCCAAAGUGCUGACCCAGAACAGAUUCGACAAAGUUUGCUGACCGCAAUUCGCUCUGGAGAGGCUGCUGCCAAAUUGAAAAGGGUUACUGUUCCAUCAAACACCAUAUCCGUAAAUGGAAGACCAAGACUCAGCUGUCCAGUGUCCACCGAAGCACAGUCUGACCAUUAGAGAUAUGACACCAGCUAUUUUGCACUUUACCACCACCUCUUACAUAGGCCAAUAUAAUGCUAAUUGAGAUUUAUUGCAAAUGUAAAUUCAGGUGUAUGUUAAUAUAUAUCGUCCAUUAAAAUGUAUGAUUUUUGUGCGAUGGCUUUUCAUGCCAAGAGAAGACUUACUGGAACAUGUAAUUUAUAGUAAUAUUUUUGACUAUAUGCCUUAAAAACUGAAGAUGCUGCUGUAGGAUUUUUAAGAUGAAGUGCAGAUGAGUUUCAGUUUUUGAAAUGAAAAAUAACUUCCUUUUGUUGAUUUCAUUGAAUUAUUUGUAGAAACAUAUUGUACAAUGGUGAUUUAGACAAAAGGAUACAUUUUUAAUAUCCUUAGGUUUAUAGUUAUAUAAGUACCUUAACAUAAUAUAUGAGUUAAUAAAUGUCUGUCAUAUGCUGCCUUGAUGUUACUGUUAAAUUAAAAACUUGUAAUAAGCAUAAAUUUCAUAUCUUGCAUCCUGCAAAAAGAACCAACUAAAAAUACUAGUUAUAACAAAUGACUGUCUUCAGUUGAACAUUUUCUUUAAUUGUCGAAUCAUAUUGUGCCCAAAAUUCUUCCUCUUGAAUUUUUUUUCCAUGGGAACAAUACAAAAUCAGAGUCUAAGUGAUGGGAUCCUUUUAGUAUUUUAAUAUUGUAGCCAUUCUUUGCAUUUAGUCUUUAACCUUUGAAAUGCACAACAGAAAAUUUAAGUAUAAAUGUUUUUUCUGUAUAUAAUUCUUAUAGUAUCAGAGCACACACACUUGUUCCUUGUACCAGAAGCCUUAAAAUAUCUUUUGUCAAAAUGUUGAUUUUUUUUUUUUUUUAGUAAUAGUUAUUUUAUUUUUGAUGUAUAGGGCAAAAAAAGUCUAGAAUGUGUUGAGAUUAAAGAAUUUAAAAUGGCUUUUGGAAAUAUCAGUCUAUUUUAAUUAUAGUAAUGUGAUAUAAUAGUCAUUAUGAAGCUUAUUUAAGAUUGAGAUGCUAUUAUUAUUCUAUAUAUUAAAAAUGAGUAAAUUAACAUUGGAACACUUAAAGAGGUGCCUAAUUGGUGCAGGGUGGGGGUUCACCUGAUUGUUAGGCUUACAGAUUUUAUGUGAUGCUUGUUUUUCCACAGAAGGAACUAAAUUGUUCAUAUAUUAUCAUAGCUUUGGGUCAAACAAGAUGAUUGUGAAUUCUGGUAGAUUUCUACUGCCCCUGGUGGGAUAUUUGCCAGUUUUGAAAGUGUGUUGAUCAUUUUUCCAGUUAAAUAAAAAUUAUCUUAUUUA